AUUUCCAACAGCCAAAUAGUGUCAUUUAGUCUGUAAAUAUCAAUGAGGCUUGAUUUAUCUGCCAAGCUUCGGCAAGUUCUUGGCCUCGCCAAGGAUCAUGUGUCUAUUGGCAGAGCUAUUGUACAAAAUUACAAUGAAAAAGCGUUUUUUGACAUUGAAGUGGCAGUGGUAAGAGCCACUAGCCAUGAUGAUUGUCCUGUUGAUGACAAAACCAUGCACGAGAUACUCUUUCUUGUCUCUAACACUCCGGGAACAAUUCCUUUUCUUGCUGAACAGAUCUCACGCCGUCUAGCCAAGACAAGAGAUUACUUAGUAGCGGGUAAAACUCUGUUACUCUUUCAUCGACUCUUACGUGGUAGCAGUCGCAGUAUCGAGCAGCAAUUGCAUAUUGCACACACCUCUGGUCAUCUCCAAAUAGGUUGCUGCUGGUUCAUGAUGAGCCCGGACUGUGUUUUAAAAGGCGCGCCUAGGCCUCGCCUAGGCUCAAGGCGCAGUGAGGCUAAGGGGUCAGCGCCUCAAACUGGUGAGGCUAGGCGAUCUCCUCUAGGCUCUCGCUCCGGGACGCCUGGGCUCAAGGCGCGCCUCAACUCGCUUUGCGCCUCAGACAUAAAAAGGAAACAUGCAGUUCCUGUUACUGGAAAAUACGGUAGCUGGACGUGUAUCUAUUGUAAGAAAGUCACAAAUGGUGGAGUUCAACGUGCAAAGCAACAUAUUGUUGGAGGCUUUAGGAAUGUUACUCAAUGUUCUAUGGUUCCUCCUAAUGUGAGGGAAGAAAUAAAAGAUUUCAUGCUUAAAAAAGCUGAAAUCAAAGCCACCACUCAAAUGAUGCCACCACCAGGCACUUCAUAUGACGAUUAUGAUUAUGGAGAAGAGGAAGAAGUUGAAGCUCUUGCUAGUAAAAGAGGACAGCCGCCUGUGAAAAAACGCAAAGGUCCAAUGGACAGGUUUGUUUGUCCAACUCCUCCUGAUGUAUUGAAAGGAAGAAAAGACAGCAGAAAAGAGAUAUUCGGAGUAUGUGAUAAGGAACUUAGGGAUAGAGCAUGUGGUGCUAUUGCGAGGUGGUUUUAUGAUGCAGGGCUUCCCUUUAAUGCAGUUAACUAUGAUAGUUUUAAAGAGGCAUUAGAGUUAGUUGGUCAAUAUGGUACCGGCUUUAAGCCACCAACCAUGUAUGAACUAAGAGUACCUUUGUUGAAGAAAGAAGUCAAUGCAACAGAGAAAAAGUUGGUGGAGCACAGGGAAGAAUGGGCUACUAGAGGCUGUUCAAUCAUGUCAGACGGAUGGCGAGAUUCUGUUGUACAAAAGGACAUUGUCAACUUUCUUGUUAACUCGCCAAAAGGAUCAGUUUUCAUCAGAUCAGUUGAUGUUUCCACGGUUGUGAAAGAUGCUAACAUGUUGUUUGAUCACCUGGAUCGUAUGGUGGAAGAAGUUGGGGAAGCUAAUGUUGUCCAAGUGGUAACCGACAACGCAUCCAACUACGUGAAAGCUGGUGAACUGCUAAUGGCGAAACGUCCUCAUUUGUAUUGGACGCCUUGUGCUGCUCAUUGCAUAGACCUCAUCCUUGAGGAUAUAGGAAAGAUUCCUCAAAGAAAAAACUUGAGGAGUUUUGUGAAUUCUCAAGAUUGGUUAGAUUCCAAGUGGCCAAAGGAAGCCGGAGCAAGGACUGUGAAGAGGAUCAUUUUGCAAGAUAGUUUCUGGCACAACGUGCUCUAUACACUCCAGUUGACAGGUCCUCUAGUUAAGGUGCUUAGGUUGGUUGAUGGAGAGAAAAAACCAGCUAUGGGAUACAUCUAUGAAGCAAUGGAUAGGGCUAAAGAGUCCAUUGCUAGCACCUUCAAAGGUAGACAAGAAAGAUACAAGGAAGCAUUUGAAAUCAUCGAUAGGCGCUGGAAUUGUCAACUUCAUCAUCCUUUGCAUGCUGCUGGCUACUACUUGAAUCCGGAAUUUCAGUAUAAAGCAGGGGCUGGAGUGGAUUGUGAAGAGGUAUCGAUAGGUCUAUACAGCACCAUUGAGAGGUUGGUUCCUGAUGCUGCAACUCAAGAUAAGAUAUCCGCCGAAUUGCAGCAGUUUAAACGUGCUUCUGGACUCUUUGGGAUUCCAAUGGCAAUAAGGCAAAGGACUACGAUAUCACCAGCUGAGUGGUGGUCUUCGUAUGGAAACUCAACACCAACACUUCGAGACUUUGCAAUAAAAAUUCUUAGUCUCACGUGUAGUGCGACGGGUUGUGAGAGAAAUUGGAGUGUGUUUUCACAUCUCCAUACCAAGAAAAGGAACCGAUUGGCUCAAGAGCGGCUUAAUGACAUGGUGUUUGUUAAGUACAAUCGCGCUUUAACACGUCGGUACAAGUUGAAAGACUCAAUUGAUCCUAUCAGCUUAAAAGAUAUUGAUGACUGUAAUGAGUGGUUGGUUGGAAGAAUGGAUGAGGAGUCUUCUGCUGAGUUGAGCGAACUGGUUUUUGAUGACAGUGAUUUGACAUGGGAAAUGGUAAGCAAAGUAUCUGGAGCUAAUGAGCCUAACUACCUUACUAGAGCUAAAAGAGGAUCAACAUCGUCUUCAAGUAGAACUGCGAAAGGGAAAGGGAAAAAUACAGCCACAUGCUCCACUCCAACUCCAAGAGCAUCUCAGAGGACGGCUCCAACUCCAAUGGCUUUGAUUGACGAGGAUGAUGAAAUUGAAGAGGAUUGCGCCUCAAACGGCCAAGGCUCAGAGGCUCCAGCGCCUAGGCUCAAGGCUCAAACUGAGCACCCCAGCGCCUUGCCUCGCCUUGCGCUUUUUAAAACACAGAGCCCGGAUCCUCCGUCCUUUGUUUUUCUGCAGAACUAUGUAGCUUAUCUCCAAGAAAGAGUUGGAUGGAUCAUCAAUCAAGCUGGUAAGCUCGAACCCGUAAUGUCUGGAGGUACAAAGUUUAGCCGUUACAAAGAGAAAUCCAUGGAUCUGGUGUUCCACAUCUUACCAAAGUGCCAAGAGUUCAUUGCACAGGUGUUGAAGUGUUCACCGGUUGAUGCCUGGCCUAUCGAUAAUCUGGUUCAAGCAGCUACUGGAAACAUCUUGAAAGAAAGUUUCCAAGUCUACAUGACGUAUUCCGAUGGGAUAGCCGCGCUGGUUAGCAUGCUCUUUGAUCUUUCAAGACCCGCGAGAGAUUUAGCUUGCGGAAUGUUGAGAAAAGCUUCUCAACAGAUUCAAGAUCUCCGCAUCCUGUAUGAAAAGUGUAGAGGAUUCGCUGGGAUGAAGAACUUGGAUUACCCAUCUGUGCAAGCCAUUACCAUGGAUCAUAUAGUAGCACUAGAGGAAUGCUCAAGCUAUGGAGGCAAAAGAGAUUUAUCUGUCUCCAUCAACCUAAGAGAUCCAAUCACCUGCAACAAAAAACAGCAUCACACCGGUUUUUCAUCUACCAGUCCUUUCUCAUUACCAGUGGAGACCAAAAUCAGCAUGGUCUGGGUUGUUUUUGACAAUGAAGAUGGUGAAGAAUCAGACAACGCAACAGAGAAAGCAUACGAAUGUUGAUCAUUCUUCUCAAUAGGAAGUUUAAGAAAGUUGCAGAAGGCAGGUAGAGGUCAUUGCUCAGGGUGAUUACGUCUCUGAUUCAGGUUUCAAUUAGCGAACGGUUAUAUAAUACUAUUGUUGUCAAUUUACAUAAUACCAAUGAAUACACGGGUUUUACCGAU